CGGACACAUUAUCACUGACCAACGUCCACCAUCGUCAAAAUACUCAGUAGCCCUCCAUCUUUGUACAACCACUGGACACUGAGCGAGAGUUCGCUUAUCUUGCCCUAGCAACGAGAAAAUCACAAAAUCGUUCCAGAAAUGUACCCACUUCUAACUACUACGGUCGUACUCCUUCUAGCACUGCUUCCAGCUGGAACGAGAAGUCAGGAUAACAUCCUGGAAGACUCGGACGGUCAGCCGAUCUUCUGCUUCCAGUGCAACUCAGGUCUCGACCCAGACUGUCCGAACCUUCAAGCUAACAACACCGCCAGUCCCCACUACAAGCCUUGCAUAGAGUAUGGAGAGUACAAGGGAGCAAAGCCCUUCUGUCGCAAGAUCGUACAAAACAUUUUUGAGCGAGAGAUGGUUCGAGUGAUUCGUAAGUGCGGAUGGGAAAGACACACCAAAGGGGACUGUUACUUCAACAGCAAUGAUGACCACACGGAGGUAGUUUGCCAGUGUUUCUCUGACGGAUGCAACGGAGCUGUCCGCACAUCCCUCGCUGCAGCAACCCUAGUCAGCGUGUUGGCUGUCAUUUACACAUUGGCGUCAUGAGAGACAUCAGGGUGUUCAAGUUCCUCUCCUUUAAUACUUUAAAUAUUUAUUACUUUUGUAAAUUAAAUGUAUAUACUUGUUUAUUUUA